UGAUGGGACUUCAGAAAUGAAGAGAGAGAGAGAGAGAGAGAGUAGAGAGAGAAAAUGAUUUAUAAUGAAAAGGCAAGGAAGCAUGAGCAUAGGCUGCUACUAGGUGAAGAGCAGAGCCAUCUCAUCUCAUCUCAAGUAGUGAGGUCUGCCACUCUCAUUCCACCACCAUUUCUUGUUCUGUCACCUUUUAGCAGAACUCAAGGUUUCCACCCAUAGCUAUAAUUUCUGUACUACCACAUGCAUAUAUAUAUACAUAAAUAAAUACAAAUAGUGAGAGAGAGAGAGAGAGAGGGGAAAUACUGGGAUAUAAUAUUGCAGGUUGCUUAUGUAAGUAUGUCACUCUGAACUAGAAGUUGGAGAUCAUUUGAAUCAAGUCCAUCAAACAAAAUUCUGGGUUCUCUCUUUUUGGUGUUGAAACUUGAAACUGAGCUAGCUUCUUCCUUAGCUUCUGGUGAUUGGGAGCUGUAAAAGUUUGAUCUUUUGUUUAAUUCCAUGCCUGGAGGCUUUUGGUUUCUUGAAGCUGAGAUCUGAAGAACAGUGCAGACUGGGAAUUCUUUUCCAAUAAGUUUAGCUUGAAUUGAGGCAGAAAAAUUCAGCAUUUUAUGUUGGGUUUAAGCUGAAAUAAUGUGGAAGCUAACGGACUAAGGGUGGCUUGGGUUUAUGAAUUAGAAAUUGGUGUUUUUUUUGUUUUGUUUUCUGGGGUAGAGGGUGAAUCAAAGGUGAGAGGAGCUGAUGAAGCUGAUAGUACCAUUUGUGUUCUGUAGAGGAACAGGCUUUGGUUGAAGGGUUUUAAGAAAGGGAAAAUUCUGUUCAUUCUCUAACUAUGAACCAUUUUUACUGAUGGGGUGCAGUGUUUUUCUUGCAUUGGGUUGGGAGGGGGCAUAAUUUGGAACGAAAGGGGGGAGUUUAAGAUAUCAUUUGUGAGUGGGAUUGGUGUUCUAUCUUUGAAUCUACAGAAAUGAAGCUUUCUUCUCCUGGUUUCAAUCAGCAGUCCCCUCCUGAAGGGGAGAAAAAAUGCCUAAAUUCAGAACUUUGGCAUGCCUGUGCUGGUCCUCUUGUUUCCCUACCUGCUGUGGGCAGCAGAGUGGUGUAUUUCCCCCAAGGCCAUAGUGAGCAGGUUGCUGCUUCAACGAACAGGGAAGUUGACGCUCAUAUUCCUAAUUACCCGAGCUUACCUCCCCAACUUAUCUGUCAGCUACACAAUGUAACAAUGCAUGCUGAUUUGGAGACGGACGAAGUUUAUGCUCAAAUGACCUUGCAACCUCUAAGCCCGCAAGAGCAAAAGGAGGCGUCUUUUCUUCCAAUGGACUUGGGUACCCCGAGCAAACAGCCAACAAAUUACUUCUGCAAAACACUAACUGCGAGUGAUACAAGUACUCACGGUGGAUUUUCAGUUCCUCGCCGUGCAGCAGAGAAAGUGUUUCCUCAAUUGGACUACUCUCAGCAGCCUCCAGCUCAAGAGUUGAUUGCAAGGGACCUCCAUGAAAACGAAUGGAAAUUCAGACAUAUUUUCCGCGGCCAGCCAAAAAGGCAUCUUCUUACAACAGGUUGGAGUGUGUUUGUGAGUGCUAAACGACUUGUUGCUGGUGAUUCAGUCAUUUUUAUCUGGAAUGAGAAGAACCAAUUGCUUCUUGGUAUUCGGCGUGCCAAUCGUCCACAAACCAUCAUGCCAUCGUCUGUCAUAUCAAGUGACAGUAUGCAUCUUGGUCUUCUUGCGGCUGCUGCUCAUGCAGCGGCAACUAACAGCCGUUUCACCAUUUUUUUCAAUCCAAGGGCUAGCCCCUCUGAAUUCGUCGUGCCUCUCGCUAAAUAUGUUAAGGCUGUAUAUCAUACCCGGAUUUCUGUUGGUAUGCGCUUCAGGAUGCUAUUCGAGACUGAAGAGUCUAGUGUUCGCCGCUAUAUGGGCACGAUAACUGGCAUCAGUGAUUUGGAACCUGCUCGUUGGCCAAACUCACAUUGGCGCUCUGUCAAGGUUGGCUGGGAUGAAUCGACUGCGGGUGAUAGGCAACCAAGAGUAUCCCUCUGGGAAAUUGAACCUUUAAUAACAUUCCCAAUGUAUCCAUCACCGUUUCUCCGACUCAAGCGACCAUGGCCACCAGGACUCCCGAGCUUCAAUGGGAUGAAGGAUGAAGAUAUGAUGAUGAAUUCUCCCCUUUUGUGGCUCCGCGAUGCUGGAGACCGAGGAAUUCAGUCACUCAAUUUUCAAGGAAUCGGUGGCGUUACGCCUUGGAUGCAGCCAAGUCUUCCAAUGCUAGGCAUGCAAAACGACGUCUAUCACGCCAUGGCCACGGCUGCUCUUCAAGAGAUGCGGGUAGUCGAUCCUUCCAAGCAAAACCUCUCCUCGUUCUUGCAAUUCCAGCAAGCAAACGGGGUUCCCCACCGGUCUCCCACUGGCCUAAUGCAGCAGCCUCAGAUACUGCAACAGUCUCAACCCCAUCAACCUACCUUUCUUUCCAAUCUCCACGAAACCCAGCCCCUACCACCCAUAUCCCAGCCGCUUCUUCAGCAACAAUUGCAACAUCAAAAUUCGUUCAAUAGUAUUCAGCAGCAACAACGACCCCAGCAAGCUUCUUCGCAACAGCAAGCACAGUGUAUUGAUCAGCAGGUUUCGAGUGUAGGAUCUGUCAUGUCCCAAUUGGCUUCUUCGAGCUCGCAAUCUCAACCGCCAUCGCUACAAACAAUCUGUUCUAUGCAACCGCAAACCUUUUCUGACUCGACUGUCAACCCCGUGGUUAAUCCGCUGCAGUGUCUGCUCGGUUCAGUGCCCCCAUAUGAAACGUCGCAUAUUCUAAAUGCAUCGAGAUCCAGUAACUUGAUGUCCCCCACUGGCUGGCCAGCAAAGAGGAUUGCAGUCGAUCCCGUUCUUCCUUCACAAUGUAUUUCAUCUCAGGUGGAUCAGCUGGGAGCACCGAACAUGAAUAUAUCCCAGAAUGCUGUUUCUUUACCACCGUUCCCGGGGAGUAGGGUGUGCUCCGAGGACCAGGAAGGGAGCAAUGAUCCCCAAAAUCACCUCCUGUUCGGGGUUAAUAUAGAUUCCUCAUCUCUUCUGAUGCAGAACGGGAUGUCCUCCCUCAAGGGAGUAGGCAGUGUUUGCGACUCAACAACAGUACCCUUUGUCUCUUCCAGCUAUAUGAGUAAUUCGGGCAAUGAUUUCCCCCUAAAUCCAGGAAUGACACCUCCAGUUUGCGUCGAGGAAUCAAGUGUCAUGCAAAAUUCCGAGAAUUUGGGGCCAGAAAACCCACCCAACAAAACCUUUGUUAAGGUUUACAAGUCGGGGUCCUUGGGAAGGUCACUGGACAUAACCAAGUUUAGCAGUUACCAUGAGCUGCGCAGUGAACUUGCUCAGAUGUUCGGCCUCGAAGGCUUACUGGAGGACCCGUUGAGAUCAGGCUGGCAGCUUGUAUUCGUUGACCGAGAGAAUGAUGUUCUUCUUCUUGGCGAUGACCCCUGGCCGGAGUUUGUGAAUAGCGUAUGGUGUAUUAAGAUACUCUCGCCUCAAGAGGUGCAGCAGAUGGGAAAGCGCGGUCUAGAGCUUCUAAGCUCGAUUCCCAUGUCUCAGAUGUCUAACGGGAGUUGCAACGACUUUGGAAGCCCACCGGAGUCGAGGAAGAUGAUUAGUGGCAUGGCAUCUGUUGGAUCUCUUGAUUAUUAAAACUUGUGUUAUUUGUUAGCCUUAGCAUUUCUUUGCCCAUAUUAUCUUGCCUAAUUUCAAGAAAUGCAUGCAUGCCCCCUGCAACUACUGUGCACCAACUUUUCAUCUCAUCUGUAGUUAUCAUCAAGACAUCUUAUGAUUUUGUGCCCAAUUAAGGAAUAGACAAACAAAUGUCUACUAGGUAAUUAGAGUAGUCAAGUAUUAUUGUUUUCACUACUAGCAAAUCUAGUACUUUUGAUGUGGAAAUGUAAUAUUGUACACACUGGUUGCCUUAGUGCACAUUCACUAUACUAGAUUCUCUACCUGUUAUCACUUUCAUGCCAAAUGACUAAUCCAGU